GGCGCUUAAACGAAUUGCAUUACAUUACAAACACGCGUUUCAAAUGCGUGCUCUAGCUCACUUUGAGGAACAACGUUCAACUAUUCGGUUGCAGCUAUUCGAAAGUUUCAAGCGUUGUAAAAAUUUUUCCUCGAGAAAUAAAAAGCAUAAGGUACCAAACCAUGUGAAUACGGCGAAUCAUUGACAAAGCAGACGUGAUUUUGAGUCAACACUUCACGCACGAUCGGUGACUUGUGGCUCGGUGAAUUGUCGUGUAGAAGAGCUCAACUUUUUGGAAUGCUCGGACUGAUAAAUUAUGGAUGUCCUUGUGGACCGAUAAGUUGUUUUCCAGCUGUGUUACCGUCAUUUCCAGUGCCAACGUUUUCCAAAUGAAAAAUCUGCUGUCGGUACGAUGAUGUCGCCACGAAACAGACGGAAUAUUCAGUGUCAGUUCCCAGGGAUCGAUGCAGGGUACUAGAGAUAUAGUGUACUCCGAUCGUACUUAUACAACGGUGAAAUAAACGAUAAGACUAUAGAAAAUGAAGACUGGUUUCAAUUUCCAACCAGAAUAUGGACCGUUGCAAAAGAUUAGCAGAAACUUGUGGAUUAUCCCAAAAACGAUUAAUACAACACGACACCGUUACCCAGAUGAGAUUUGGGAACAGCUGCCAGUCCAGGACAUCGCCACUAAGCUGGCGAUUCUCGUUCCCAUAGUUGUGUUUGGAGUUGUGGGAAACCUCGCGCUAUUGGAGGUUAUUGUAGUGAACCGAUCGCUGCGCACGCCAACCCAUCUUCUUAUAGCGAAUCUUGCUUUGGUGGAUGUUAUAACAUUACUACUGUGUCCUCCGAUGUUCCUACUCCAUGAUUUCUACCAAAAUUACGUGCUUGGGCCCGUUGGAUGCAAAUUGGAAGGACUCAUUGAAGGGGGACUUCUGAUAACAUCUAUUCUAACGCUUUGUGUGAUCAGUUACGACCGAUUGGCGGCCAUUGUACUUCCGUCAAAGGCACGCUUGAAGGAAAGGAGCGUAACAAUCUCUAUUGUUCUUUGUUGGUGCUUGGGAUUCGCUGCUGCUCUUCCGUUGGCGAUCUAUCGGAACCACAAGGAGCGUAUUUGGCGUGACUUCAGCGAAACAUUUUGCUCAGAGGAUAAGAGAGUACUACCGCUGUAUUUGGAUUUGCUAAUAGUGCUAUUAGUGUGGAUGCCCCUCGGGGUAAUGUUGGCAAGUUACACCGCUAUUCUUUGCAAGCUGGACCAGUAUGAGAGGAAGGCUAAAAAUAGGGAACAUCCAAUGGUAGUUCGGUAUAAAAGUCGCGUGGCUAAAACUCUUUUCUUUGUAGUCAUAUCGUUUGUUAUGAUGAGGUUGCCGUUCACCGUAAUGAUAAUGUUGUACUACAAAGAUAUCAAUCUACCCAAUUUUAGAGUUAGUGAAAAUUUCGUAUUGAUGUGGUGGAUUACAAAAGUACUGUUCAUAUUUCUGUUUUCGGCAUUUAAUCCAUUAAUAUAUGGAUUGACGAACAAUACUUUUCGAAAAGCCUUCAAGAAUUCAAGGAUCAUGGGAACGAUUUGGCGUUUCCGAGAGAAAGAGGUUACAGAUGAUUCGCCGAUGACAGUAUCACGAAAGGCUCUUGUUUCCGGGAAUGAAGGACAAAAUAGACAGAGGAAUAUUGUUGCAACCUGGUUGUGGAGAAUAUUGGGCAUGAGAGUUAGGAAAACGGCCGAUGUACAAAACGUGGCUGCCAACAAUACAAAUUCAACAAAUGUCGAAUAAAGUUGGACAUUUUCCUCCACUGAUGAUAUCGUUUUGGGCGCCCUGAAGCAGUACAUCGUGUAUCUUCAUGGAAGCAAUAAACUGUUAGCAUUUGUAGACAAUCAAUUACAAAUAUAUUUAUCUAUGCUAGAGGCAAUAUCGUUUGUUAUCAGAUGAUUACCGAGUGUAUUGGAUCAUUGGUUUCCCCCGCAUAUUGAAUAUGCGAUUCCUGAUCCCGAAAAGGGACAAUCAAUCUUCUAGAACACCCCCUUGGUUACGGUUGUACCAGGGAACUGACUUUGGCUUUUUGUUCCACCAUUUCCUGAGCAGAAGAGCACUCAUCGGAUGUGAACGAGUCAAUCAACGUGAAUCCAAUUGUUCGAUAGUUUUUGACUGGUUUACCCCGCGCAUAAUAUUUACACUUUGAAAUUAGGUAAAUAAGGAUAAAACUGUUAUCGUUUAUGAUAGUUAUAAAUUAUCGAUUAUUUGAUGUUUAGUCGUAGUGAGCUCGGAUAUAAUCGUCAGUUUUAAUCGCGUCGAUUUCUCUAGUGGACAAAUCUUUGGAUAACUAUUGAGCAGUGUAAAGUGAACAUAUUGGUGUUUGGGAGUUCGUUUCAAAGUUUCAAUACUCUAAUAUUAUAUUCAAAUAAAACUCACAUCAAUUUAGAUUAAUAACGAUUGGAUUGCGGAUAUCAGACAACAGCAAAAUGAGUUUUCCAAAACGAUAGAUACAUACCAGAUUGUCGAAGUUUUUUUACUAUCUUUGUAACAUCAUCUAAUUAAUAAUAACAUGGUCAAAGAAUACCCGGAACUGUGAAUUUGAUCGUUGCAGAAUUAUCGGCAUGGAUUUGUUUUUUAACACUUUGGCAACUAUUGACAUUCAAACUGAAUCGUAACACACAUUAACUAUUCGCGUGGCGGUCAUUUUUGCAAUGGGAAUAACAUUAAGGUGGGACCCCGGUCUGGAAAAUCGAAAAAACCGAAUUUUUGUUUUUUGCAUUUUUGGGAAGCUUAUGCCCUUAGAAAUGCUGUCCGAAAAGGAUUUUUCAAUACUGGAUUUCGUUGGAAAGUUACAGCCAAAAGUACGAAGUCACCUCAAGGGACAUAGUAUAAAGACUAAAUAUAUGCUAGCACUACAAUAGAUCAAACUAAUGGUCGCAGUGGUACAAUGGUCCUACAGAAGAAAUACAUGCUAGUAGGAGGGGCGGAUCGUAACGGAAUCCUACUCGGAAGCAGUAUUGUGAUCAACGGCGACGAGUUCGAAGAGGACGAAGAAUUCGUCCAUCGUGGUCCGUUGUUAACAAAUAACAACAAUAACCGUGAAAUUCGAAGACGCAUAGUUAACGUAACUUGUGCCCACCAUGGGAUUUCCAAAGUCUGAGGUGCAACAAACUCCGACCCCGUACGAAGUGUACUAUCAAUAAAUCUCUGAAUCGGUCGGUAGUCCUCUACAGGAACGAAGCAUUGACGAUGGCAAGGUGACUGAAUCAAGGGGAGCAGGACUUGGCAAGAAUGGAUAGUGCACAAAGUUGGAGCCUGCAACUAUGGGUUUAUUGGCAAAGGAAUGUUUCGGAUAAGAUCCAAUCGCUUCAUGGAAUGAAGGAUCAUUGUGAAUAAAUCGUGAACCUUCACAAAAGCUUUCCUAAACGAAAAUUACUAUUCCUUCCAGUUAACGAUUAAUGAAGGUAGACCGAGGCUGCUCGACUACGUGAUAGCGAGACCGUGCUUUGUCAAACACCUUGGAGGAGUCGAUAUACACGGAAUCAACUUGCUGAUGCUCGAUUGAACCAACCAGAAUGCUAGUAAAGGUCAUCAGAUUGGUGAUGACGGGGCGUUUCUUCAUGAACCCGUGCUGGAACUCUGAGAUUAACGAGUGGACUGCUAACGAUUGGAGAAAACUUUCUAGGACUUUCGCCAAGCAGCUCAGCAUCGAGAUUGGACGAUAAAUUUCCACGCUGUGAAUGUUUCCAACUUGAAGCUUCCCUACCCAUGCCGUCAACAACGAGCAACUUAUCGGCGAUCAACGAAGGGGAAUGAUUUAAAGUCUCCGUGAAAAAAGAAAAGAAGAAGAAGAACGAAGGGGAAUAUUUGCCCAGAGCAUAAAUAUUGAAUCUUGCUGAGGCAAACCUGUGAAUAGUUUAAAGCCUCUUGAAAACAAAGAGUAAAUGAAGGCAAACUUUCAUUAUCGUUCUAGAUACGAAGCAAUGAACAUCGCUUGUUCUUCCUUGUUUUGCGUCAUCGCAUGUCUUCGUUUCGGAUUGAGCUUUGGACGCGAACAAAUUACUUACUCGCAACGUAAUCAUUACAUCAAGGUUUUCAUUCCAUUAAGGUUCUGAACUACACAAUUGUGUGGGAAAUCAUCAAACUAGGCUAUCAUAUAUCACAUAUCAAAAUAAUUAUUAUUGAUGGACGAUUGUUUGGAGGUGCAAAUUAUGCUACCGCGAUAGUAAAUAUAAAAAAGAGGAAGGUAGCUUGAGAGGAAUAUUUGCGGUAGGGUAUGGAUAAUGGAUCUCUGCUGAGGCAAAUAUUCAGAUUUUUUUCUUUAUUCGAAGCAAUUAACAUCGCUUGUUUUCCGUCAUCAUGAGGGCUUCGUUGAUGCCUUUGGCAUUGACGAAUUUCAUGCCAACUCGUCUUAGGAGUUGGCAGCACCAUCUCAGAUAGUAGUGAAACGUUGUGGGUAG